UGACAAUCGGACAGCAUGGUGGAAUCAGAGAACGCAAGCGUCGCCACCGAUGCAAAUGACACUUUGGAGAAAGACGUAGAGUAUCUUUUGGACCGAACUAACUUAAAAAAACAUAGAGAAGCUUUUAUCCGCUGUGGAGUCGUGAGAGUGAAGGAUUUUCUUGACUUAGGAGACGACAAGCUAGCGGAGAUAGGUCUUAACCAAAUGGAAGUUCAAAAUCUUAGAGGAAAUCUUCAUGAAAUCCAAGCAGAAUUGAAGGAAGGAAACAGCAAUUACAAUGAAAGAUCAGUGGAUAACACAGAGUUUAGUUUGCAAGAUGAAGAUGCUCCAACAUCAGUUGAUUUAGAAGAGUUUGCAAGGGAAUUUAAACAGCGACGAAUCAAGCUGCAUUUCACUCAAGCUGAUGUUGGCCUUGCUUUGGGGAAAAUGUAUGGCAGCAUGUUUAGCCAGACUCACAUCUGUCGCUUUGAGGCUCUGCAAUUGAGUUUUAAGAACAUGUGUAAACUCAAGCCGUUGCUGAUGAGGUGGUUGGAAGAGGCUGAUAAUGACAGAAGUUCUGGAAGCAAUUGCAAUCCUCUGGAAACUCAGGGAAGAAAGCGAAAGAAGAGAACAUCCAUUGAUGUCACUGUCAAAAGUGUGCUGGAAAAACACUUUUCUUCCAAUCCCAAACCAUCUUCACAAGAAGUCGAAGGGCUCGCAGAAAACCUUGGAAUCGAUAAGGAAGUUGUGCGAGUGUGGUUCUGCAACAGAAGGCAGAAAGAAAAGCGCUUAAGUGCAGCAGCCACGGGAGAAGACGAAGGCCAACAAGUUGAAUCACAGUGACUCACUUUCAUCUCAAAGUGUAUUGUUAUCCCUCAGCCAUCUUUAACAUAUCAUCAAUAGUUAUAUCAUACAUCAUAGAACUGCACAAAAACUUCUCAUAGUUUUUUUUUUCAACUGUAUGUUUGCUUGUUUCCUUUAGUCCACUAAAUGAACGAUGACUUGUUCUGAAAAGUAAGUUUGUAUUCUGAUUUUCACCAAGUUGAAAUUUCGUGUUUAUAUUAUAAUUUAGAUAAACCACCAUAUCCUAAUUGU